AUGAGCGGGUUUAAUUUUGGAGGCACUGGGGCCCCCACAGGUGGGUUCACCUUUGGCGCUGCAAAGACAGCAACAACCACGCCUGCUACGGGGUUUUCUUUCUCCACGUCUGGCACUGGCGGAUUUAAUUUUGGGACUCCCUCCCAGCCAGCAGCGAGCACCCCUUCCACCAGCCUGUUCUCACUCACCACCCAGGCUCCAGCGACACAGACCCCAGGAUUCAGUUUUGGAACCACAACUCCCACAGCAGGAGCAACCGGAUUUUCCUUAGGGAUCAACAGCCCAAAGCUAAACUUGAGCGGCACAGCUGCCACCCCAGCCACGACACAGCCCAGCGGCUUUGGGCUCGGCGGCAGCACCCUCACCAAUGCCAUCUCGAGCGCCGUCACAUCAGCCCAGGGCACGGCGCCCACCGGCUUUGUGUUUGGCUCUACCAACACGUCUGCUGCUCCGUCCACCACACCUGGGGGCUUCUCGUUCACGGGUGGAGGCACAUCCCAGACUGGGACCUCCGGCUUCAACAUUGGCUCCAUGGGGAGUUCAGCCCAGCCCACGGCCCUCACCGGGCUGCCCUUCACGCCGGCCACGCCAGCGGCCACUGGAGCAGGGGCCACACAGCCAGCUGCUUCCGCACCCACCGCCACUACCGCCAGUGCUGGGCCCUCGCUCUUUGCCUCGCUGGCAACCGCUCCAGCCUCGUCUGCUGCCACCGGGCUCUCCCUUUGUGCCCCAGCCACCACGGCAGGGACGCCCGGAGUGGGGACGUUGGGCUUCAGCCUGAAGGCCCCUGGAGCAGCUUCCACCACCUCCACGGCGACAACCACCACCGCCACCACUGCCACCACCGGCUUCUCCUUGAAUAUAAAACCACUGACUCCAGCUGGGAUCCCCAGCACCACAGCGGCCUCCGGGACCGCCCCAGCCGGCCCCAGUGCAGCCACCGGGGUGUCCGCCAGCCCCACGAUGACCUACGCCCAGCUGGAGAGUCUGAUCAACAAGUGGAGCCUGGAGCUGGAGGACCAGGAACGGCACUUCUUACAGCAGGCCACGCAGGUCAACGCCUGGGACCGCACGCUGAUCGAGAACGGGGAGAAGAUCACCACCCUCCACCGCGAGGUCGAGAAGGUGAAGCUGGACCAGAAGAGGCUGGACCAGGAGCUCGACUUCAUCCUGUCUCAGCAGAAGGAACUGGAAGACCUGCUGAGCCCGCUGGAGGAGUCGGUCAAGGAGCAGAGCGGGACGGUGUACCUGCAGCAUGCCGACGAGGAGCGAGAGAAGACCUACAAGCUGGCCGAGAAUAUCGACGCACAGCUGAAGCGCAUGGCCCAGGACCUCAAGGACAUCAUCGAGCAUCUGAACACGUCAGGGGGCCCCGCCGACACCAGCGACCCUCUGCAGCAGAUCUGCAAGAUCCUCAACGCGCACAUGGACUCGCUGCAGUGGAUCGACCAGAACUCGGCCCUGCUGCAGAGGAAGGUGGAGGAGGUGACCAAGGUGUGCGAGGGCCGCCGCAAGGAGCAGGAGCGCAGCUUCCGCAUCACCUUCGACUGA